UUCGCCUUCUUCUGCGAUAGUUUGCGAAUUGAGAAUUUGUUUUUAGGAACUUUUACUUUACUUGUGCGAAUUGAAAAAAACUUAUAAAAUAAUUUAAAACUUAGUUUUAUCGAUAAUAGAAAUUUAUUGUCAAAAUGGAGGAUUUAUUCAAAGAUUCAGUGCAAUUAUCAAAAGGGAUAAAUAUGAAGGAGCUAAUCGGCGGCCAGUCGGAAUUCCACAUCGACCUGGAUUUCAAGAAGAAAUCCACAGGAAUGAUGGUUGGGUGCGACGAUGAUCUCUUUCCGGACAUGGACAAUGACAGUGACGACUCAGGGGAUGCCUUGAGAAAUAUAGAGCACACAGCAGAGAGAAUGAUGCUCUCGUGUCCAGAAUAUCACUCCUUCAAAGACCUAGCUUCCAAAAUGAUUGACUGUGUACCAUCUGGUGAAGUUAAAAUGCUGAUUUUAGAGGAAGGCGAUGGACCUUUGGUUCCACUCGAUGCAAUGGUAACAAUCCACUACGCUGCGUAUUUCGAAAGAGCGAAAAUACCUUUCGAUUCUACCCUUACUAUGAACAGCCAAGCUCCUUUGCGUAUGCGACUGGGUUCUGGAAGGUUCAUACCAGGUCUAGAGAUAGGGCUCACAGCAAUUAAGGGUCCCAAGGCGCGGUUCCAUUUACUCCUGGAGCCCUCAAUGGCGUGGGGCCGCCAGGGGGUAUUGCCCCGGAUAAGACCAGAGCCCGCGCUGUUUGUCAUAGUGCUGUACGAAGUUUAUGACACGCAGGCUGCCGCUAGAUUCAACGACUUACCCAUGGAGGACCAGAAGAAAUUCGAGGUGACGUUAAAAACUGUGACGUCACUACACGCGCACGCCAAACACUUGUUUUCGAAAAAGAAAUACGCAUUGGCCAUCAAAGACUAUCAGCAAUCCAUAUCCAUUUUAAAUAUAUCACAGACGAAAAGCGAAAAUGAAGAAAACGAAGUUAAAAGACUUAAAGUCAACUCAUACAUCAAUUUAGCUGUGUGCUACUAUAAAUUAAACAAACCUAAAUAUAUCUUAAAUAUGUUACAGAGUCUCGAUUAUAUUAUUGAUGUUGAAAAACAUUGUAAAGCGCUUUUCUAUUAUGGCAGAGCGUACGAAAUGUUGGGGAAACACGAUGAUGCUGUCGUAUAUUACAAAAAAGCACUAAAAUUAGAACCGAAAAACAAUGAAAUCGGUAACGCGUUAGCAAAUGUCGAUAAAUACAAUGUAAAAUCCGCGGAAAAAGAAAAAGAAUUGUGGCAGAAUGCCUUCCAGUCUGGGCCUGAGAAAAAAAAACUUGUCUAUAACGUAGAUGAGGAGUUUAAAAAUGAUGUUCUGGAGAUGUGCCAAAGUUUGGAGGGUAGGAAUGAGUAUUCCAAAUUCGAUUUGCCAAAUGGUUUGACGAAAGAUGAAGUUGAAUUCAUUAAAGAUCUUUGCUCGAAUUUCAAAGGUUUAACGGUUAUAGAGGAAGGUGAGGGUAGUAAGAAAAAGGCGUCUGUUGUUAAAAAAAUGUUGGGUUAAGUUUACACCAACAUAUAGUCAAAUUACUUUCCCAUUUCUAGGCAGGAACACCUUAGCAAAAGAAGCAGUUUUUAAGUUAACUGAGAUAAUCAGGAUAUUAAGAUAAUACCUAUCCUUGAGACUCAAGUGUAAAACCUAUUUUUUUUUACUAAAUUAAAAAAAAAAACGUGGUUUAAAUGUUAAGGUAUAAUUAAUGAAAAUGUAAAACGUUUACUGAAUCCAAAUGGUGUUUAAAAACUGUUUAUACAAUAUUAAUAGCUAUAAUAAGAUAAAACGUGCCAAAUCUGUUGCACGCACAUCACAGAACUAAUUUGACAGGUCUGAUAGCUAUAGUUGUCACAUUGUCGGUAUGUUUAUCUGUAUAUGAUAAGCAUUUAUAUAUAUAACACAAAAAAAUAAUUCAUCAGUUAUCCUAGUACCC